GUCACCUGCCAAGUGCCAAUUCAGCCAUGUAAAUUUUUGUUCACAAUAACAAAAUUGAACAAACUUAUUUCGUAUUUGUUUUUCUUGAAAAUUCAUGUUAAAAAUAGCUAUGUAUGUUUAAGUAUUCUCCCAUAACCAAUGAAAUGGUCAAUCAACCUUUUCUGACGCAAACAGUCCGAGUUUCCUGAAUUAUUAAAGUGCAGUAUGGGAUAACAUUAUUAAAAAGAAUGACUGAGAAGGGUUUCGAAGGCGAACAGUCUACGUCUUCUUGGGACGUUCCCGGACCGUCGUCUCUGGGUGCUAUUCUGGAUACUGCCUUCACAUCUAGUGCUGACAAUCAACAGAGAAAUGAAGAAAUGGAGUGUGAUGCUUUGUUUGCUGAGAGUGAUGAUGAAGUGGAGGUGCUACCCACAUCUGAUAUUGCAUCAAAUAUACUUAACGAACAGGUGCCCAAACCAGUAUCAUCUAACUAUGUGAACUCAACAAUCUCAAAUCCAACAUUUGAUGUUAACUUACAACAACUCUCAGAACCUUCAUCAGCACAUACUCCAGUGCCUGAAGAAUAUCAACCUUUACCUGAUAGUUCCAGCUCAAUUGAAAACGCUUAUUAUGAAUGUCUAAACAACUUGGACUCUAAUCCUGGCAACAGACACAUGCCAGAUGUAAACAUCAGGUAUCAGCCGAAGCCACCUAUGCUUCAAAGAAGCUGCUUCUAUCCAAACUAUGUUCACUACCGGGAAUACUUUAGUUCACCAUAUCACAAUAAUGUUGUUGUGCUUAGUGACAAUAGAAAUUAUAUGUCUCAUCCACUUCCAUAUGGAUUACCACCAAAUGGACGUGGACCGGUACACGAUAGCUCAGUGGGUAUUAACAUGACAUAUAAUCAAAACAUAACACCUGAAAACAGUCGCCGUGAUCUUUGCCCAAGUAGUUUAGAAAGGCCCAGUAGAAAACUAAAUAUAUCUCCAAGGAGAAGGCAAUCUAGAGAGAGUGAACCUGCCUCAAACCCAAUAGAACUCAGUUCUGAUGAGGAUGACAAUGCAUCUGCCCCUAAGAGAAAACAAGGCCCUAACAACACAAAUCAUCAAACUCAUGCUAGAGCUGAAGCAUCAACAAGUACAGCUCACACAGUUGAUCCUGCAUGGGUCGAUGUUAAAGAAGAACCACUAGAUGCAGCUCAGUCAUCUGAUUCGGUUGUAGACAGAAAUGGCAACACAGGCAUGUCGUCAAAUAAUCUAGAUGGAAAUCAGCAACAAUUGAAUGCACAAGUAAAUAACCCAAGUCAGAAUGUUGAAAUUAAAGGCUGUUUUCCGAGUUCUACAGAAACAAGUAGACUGAAUCAUCUUUACAAUUUGCAACAACAUUUAAGGGACUGUCAAAGAAACAUUUCAUCACAUAGUGGCCACCAAGGUGGAUCUUAUCAACGUCUUCACCAUCGUCCUCAACAUUAUCAUCAGGUAACUGGAUAUGCCCAUACUGAAAGCAACCCAAACCCUGGAACAUCACAAGCAUCUCAAGUUAAAGUUGAACCAGAGAAUUCACCUUCAGUAAAACAGGAGUCAAGUUCAAUGAGUUCUUCAACAUUACCACGCGAAGUCAAACUAGAAGCACCAGAGAUAAAACAAACUACUCAGAUCAAAACUGAGCCACACAAUUCAAAUCAACAACAAAGUUUAGAUGUUACAGUAAAGACUGAGAGUGGUAACACCUCUAGGAUGAGUUGUGAUGCUGACAAUGAAACAGUAGCUGGGAAUACAUCUCCACAGCCCAGCACUAGUGCAAAAUCUGUUCAAACAAAUAUAAACUUAGUUGGACCCAAUGCAGCUGAGGACUUGGAUACCUCAUCUGCAAACAUGUUACUGGCGGCCCCUGAUCUCCAAUUAGACUGGGUCUCAGACUCUAGUUCAGAUGACGACGUACAACUGUUGGGGCCAGAUGUGCGGCUGGUAAUAGAUCUGACGGGAUCGCCAGAGGGCGCUGCCCGUGAGGUCGGCACCUCUCCGCCCGCGCCCCCGCAGCUUCCCCCCGCGCACACGGCCGCCCCCGUGCGACCCGCACACACCGCCCGAGCCUUCGCACCCUUUCAACACCACGUGCAUGAUGCGCCACCACCGGCACAUCUAUUGCGCAAUAGACCCGGGCCUGGCUGCGGCGGGUGUUGCUGCGUGUCGCUGCCACACGGCGCGCACUACCACGUGCCGCACCCCGCGGACGUGCCGCAUGCGCCCGACGUGCCGCCCUCCCUGCGCGCUCCACCGGCACACUUGGGCGACAGGCGUCGCGACGGACUGUCGGUGGCUCCUCCGUAUUUGGUUCACGAGCGUCUGUGGCAACGCCAACAUCACAUGCUAGAGCUGCAGCGUCGUAGUAUGAUGGGCGACAUGGGCGUCGGCUUCGGUUCGGGAUUCACGCCGAUCCCACACGUGGCUUUAGCUCCCACUACUGUCCUAGCCUUUCCGGAUGAGUUGGAGUCACGAGAAAUGCCACUUCCGCCAACACAAAUGAUGAUAGACAGGCAGCAUGUGCACCAUCAUAUGCAUCACUAUCUGCAGAUGCAUCCGCCUCACGUCCACAUAUCAAUACAACCGAUGAUACAGAGCAGCAGCUCGUUCGCGGCGGCCAUGGUGCGCGCGGCGGAGGCGCGGCGGGGCGCGUGGCGGGCGGCGCGCGGCGCGUCGCGGGCCGUCAUCGACCGCAACACGUACCGACACGCGUACGCACGGCCCGCGCCGCACCACCAGGACGAGAAGUGCACCAUCUGUCUCUCGAUCUUCGAAGUCGAUUCCGACUGCAGGCGACUGCCAUGUAUGCACUUGUUCCACAUGGAGUGCGUGGACCAGUGGCUCAGCACCAACAAACACUGCCCAAUAUGCCGUGUCGAUAUCGAGACCCAUCUCAGCAAAGACGCUACAUUCUAAAUUUCAAAUUUCUCUUCGAGCUGUGGAGAUGUGAUGAUAGCUCUUUGUUGAAGUUCAAGACUUUCUUGCUGAAGAUCAUGGUUCAACUGUUUCUGAAUGUUGCAUGUCCUAAAAUUCAUACAUUAAUUAUUAUAAUUACACUGUAAAUAAACACAUAAAAUUAAGUAUUACUGCAUUUGUUUAUUUUAUAUUUUGUUAUUUUAUGAUAUUAUCAAUUAUUACAAUGUUAGAGGUCAAAAGAUGUGGCUAUUAUUGUUCUUAAAUGUGAAAUAUUAUUGUGUAAUAACUAGCAAAGUGUCUAUUUGUAGAAUGACAAUUUGCAAAAACAACUUAAAGUUAUCAUUUCAUUUUCAAAAUGAUUUACUUAGUUAAAAAUUGUAUAAUGCUUUAAUAAAUCUUUUUAAUGUCUA